AAUAAAUGUCAGAUCAAGCGAUGCAUGUCAUCUGUGAUCUCUGAUAAGACUAUAAAAUUGGAAAAUCGUCGUCAUUUCAUUUAGUUAAGAAUAAAGCGGCCAAAAACUUGUGCGUAUCGUUUGCUAUUGUUUACAAGAAACUUUUUACAACAUUUUUAGUUAAAACAAAAUGAUGACAAAAAUGAUGUUCGUUGUGCUAAGCUCAUUUAUUGGAAUAACUGUCGUGAUAUUUGUGUCUUAUUUGAUAAUAAUCGUUCAAAGCAAGCGUAAGGCAACGAUUAAUAUUGGGAGCUCUAACACCCAGAAAAUCAAAAGUAAAUUUGUGCAAGCACCUGGCCCGCAUCCUUGGCCACUUAUUGGAAAUUUGGAUAUAAUCGGUCGGUUUAAAAAUCCAUUUAAUGCAUUUGGGAGAUUAACGCAUUACUAUGGCGAUAUAUAUUCAUUAAUGCUUGGUCACACACGUUGCUUAAUUGUCAACAAUUUAGUAUUAAUUCGAGAAGUACUUAAUAAAAAUGGAAAAUUUUUUGGAGGACGGCCGGAUUUUAUACGUUACAAUAAAUUAUUUGGAGGUGAUCGGAAUAACUCUCUUGCACUUUGUGAUUGGUCACUAUUACAACAGAAACGUCGGAAUCUUGCUCGACGACAUUGCUCCCCACGUGUUACAUCAUCGUAUUUCUCAAAAAUGUCUCAAAUUGGAAGCAAUGAAAUUGAUGUUUUAAUGGACAAACUGAAAGAUGACGUCGCACCAGGAAAACCCUUUGACAUUAAGUCGACUAUAUUAAAGGCAUGUGCGAAUAUGUUUAGCCAAUACAUGUGUUCUACGCGGUUUGACUAUGACGAUUUAGAGUUUCAGCAAGUUGUGCAGUUUUUCGAUGAAAUAUUUUGGGAAAUUAACCAGGGAUAUCCACUAGAUUUUCUACCUUGGCUGUCGCCAUUCUACAAGAAUCAUACAAAAAAGAUAUGCCACUGGUCAACAACAAUCCGAGCUUUCAUAUUGAAAAGAGUUAUCAACAAGAGAGAAUUGAAUAUUGACAUUGAUGAACCAGAUAAUGACUUCACUGAUGCUUUAUUAAAAAGUCUAAUCGAAGAUAAAAAUGUUUCUCGCAAUACAAUCAUUUUUAUGCUGGAGGACUUUAUUGGUGGCCACUCAGCAGUUGGUAAUUUGGUAAUGCUUGCACUCUCUUAUAUAGCCAAAGAUCCUAUGAUCGGUUUGAGAAUUCAACACGAAGUAGAUUUUACAUCAAAUAAUGGAAAACGUCGAAUUACACUGCACGAUAUGGAAGAGAUGCCUUACACUAUGGCAACCAUAUACGAAGUACUCCGGUACUCAUCAUCUCCCAUUGUUCCCCAUGUGGCCACAGAGGAUACGAAGAUAUCUGGAUAUGGAGUUACUAGCGGCACCAUUAUUUUCAUAAAUAACUAUGAACUCAACAUGAGCCAGAAAUAUUGGAAUAACCCAGACAAGUUUUACCCUGAGAGAUUUUUAGAAUAUAAAUGUAGUGAUGGUGCAAAGGUAUCUAAGCAUCAUGAGAAGCGAAGAAGCUCCGAUGGUUCUGAUUCUGGAAUUGAGUUUGAACAUGACUCCCGAUCAGUUCACCCACAACAUUCCCAUUUAGAAAAUCUUUACAUCACCAGGCACGAUCAUCAAAAAUGUAAAAAAUUAUCUUACGAACCGUUAAAAUUGCAAGUAAAGAAAAACAUUCCUCAUUUUUUACCAUUUAGUAUUGGAAAACGCACAUGUAUUGGACAAAAUUUGGUGCGUGGUUUUGGUUUUGUCUUGCUGGCAAAUAUAAUACAAAGCUAUAAUGUAAAUAGCUCAGAUCUUUCAACAAUUCAUAUUAAACCAGCCAGUGUUGCGUUACCCGCAAUUUGCUUUCCUUUAGUAUUAACACCUAGAGUAUAAUACAUGAAUUCAUAUUCAUGUUUGAAUCAGUGGUUAGCUUAAGAAUAAUUAUAAUUAAUCACAUAGAAUUUAGGUAAAUGGACUUCAUAAACAAUUUCAAUCAAAUUAUUUUCAUGAACAAAAUGUAAAUAUUCUAAGAAUUUUUUCAUUGAUUAAAUGCGUAAAAUUAAAGUCGUGAUCAGCUUCGGCAUACCCUACCCCUUAAAAUGUGCACGCGCUGUGCACGAAAUUCAAUCCAAGUUCUUUCAUAAUCUUUAUUGUAAGGUGCUAGUCUAAUCUACAAAUCAGAUUUGCAAUAUAAAAAAGCAUACAUAUUUAUAAUUCAAAUGUACUAACCAUUAACAUAUUUCAUAUCCAUUUUUUUUGCUUUU